GUUGAUGUUUGUGUGUCCCUCUGCAGAGCUUCUUGUCGAGAAUGGCCGUUUCAUAGGACACAACACCUUCCUCAAACUCAAUCCAAUUCUCAUCGUAUUUUCCUUCUUUCUGUCUGUUUCCUUACCACGUUUCUAGUUUGUUUUUAUCAUCACCGCUUCCAUAGAAAUUCUCGUCAUUGACCCCACAAGAUCCCCUCCCCCCCCCCCCCCCCCCCUCUCUUUUUGCACCCCUUAGGGGUAGUUUUUUCAAACAGAAACACCCAUUCCAUUCCUCUUCAAAUUUCUUCAUUUUUAUGCCAUUUUCUUCAACCCCUUUUUCCCAAAAAGGGAUAUUUCUUCUGCCCAUUUGAAGCUUUGUUUUGAUCCUUAGAUUUGAAUUGUUGAAGAGGGAGGGAGUGGGGUUGUGUUGUUGUCAUCUGCCUUUCUCACGUGCAUUGGGUCACUGUGGUUGAAGAUGAAUGAGCAGGGAAAUGAGGAACUUGCAUUUGAAAUUGGGGUGGUGAUUCCAAGGAGAGUGGUUCAGGAAAAAGAUGAAUCCUGUGACUGUGCUCGCGUCAUUAUAAAGGAGUUUGAGAAGGUGGGGUUUGUAGUUGAGAGAGUUAUUGGCAUUGCAGAUGAGUUCGUCAAGUUGGCUGCACCUUUGGAGACACUGGGGAGGGCUGCAGCUGAACUACAAAUCAAGAAACGGACUCAUAUUGGUAUGGACUUGCAAUUUGAGGUGGAAGAGGUUGAAGCUUUUGUGAAACAACCUGAUGGUUCUGUUUUCAGUUGGUGUGAGCGUUUUCAGUGCUACUGUCACUUGAUAUAUGGAAUAGUAAACAGCAGCAUGUCCGCCAAAACCCUUAAAUUUGAUGGAAAAGAAAUCCAUUGGGAAAUUGGGGAGAAUCUGCUUCAGAAAUUGGAAUCAGAGAACAUUGUUAAGCAAGUCUUUCCUUUGCAUGAUGAAAAGAAGAGAAAGAAACUUCUCAGAAGUUGGGCACUUCAUUGGUGGGACUUCACUAGUCAGCCAAUAGAUGAAAUUUAUUCAUAUUAUGGGGCAAAGAUUGCAAUCUAUUUUGCUUUUCUGGGAAUGUACACACGGUGGCUGCUCUUCCCUGCAGCAUUUGGGCUAACUUUGCAAUUCAUAGAUUUUGGGUCUUUGAAAUUAGUAGUGCUCCCAGUUUUCUUCAUCAUGGUCAUACUUUGGGCUGUAAUGUUUUCUCAGUUCUGGAAACGUAAAAACGCCGCUCUUUUAGCCAGAUGGCCUAUUAGCUCUGCAGUUGCAGCUGAUCCAGGGUACAAGAUUUCGGGAAGGAAGGCCAGUUCCCUACAGCCUCCAAUGGAACUCAUAAAAGUCUUUGAGAUUGAUAAAGCAAAAGGGAAGGAAGUGUUCCAGAGAUAUGAGUGGUUUGGCCGUCUCCUGCGAUUCAGAAAUGAUGCGAUCAUUAUCUUCAGCAUCAUAUGCCUUCAGUUACCAUUUGAGUUGGCAUAUGCUCAUCUUUAUGAAGUUAUUAGUUCUGAUAUAAUUAAGUUUGGGCUCACUGCUGUUUAUCUUUUCGCCAUUCAGUAUAUUACCAAAAUCGGUGGCAAAGUGUCUGUCAAACUUAUCAUGUAUGAAAAUAAUGAGAACACAGAAAAACGAGCUGACAGCUUGGUCUACAAGGUAUUUGGCCUCUACUUUAUGCAGACAUACAUUGGAAUUUUUUAUCAUGCCUUGUUGCACCGUAAUUUUUCAACUCUUCGCAAAGUGUUGAUUCAGCGACUCCUCCUAUCUGAGGUGUUUGAAAACUUGUUGGAAAAUUCAUUGCCUUAUCUCAAGUACAGCUAUAAAAAGUACAGGGUUCGACACAAGAAGAAGAAAGAGAAAGGAGAAUCAACAGAUAGAUUCCAGUUUAGUUCUAGAGUAGAGAAAGAAUACCUUAAGCCUUCGUACUCUGCUAGUAUUGGGGAGGAGCUUGAAGAUGGGUUAUUUGAUGAUUUCUUAGAGUUGGCAUUGCAGUUUGGAAUGAUUUUGAUGUUUGCUUGUGCAUUCCCACCUGCUUUUGCCUUUGCUGCUGUGAACAACAUUAUGGAAAUCAGGACAGAUGCAUUGAAGCUGCUAGCAAUUUUGAGGCGGCCUGUUCCUCGUGCCGCCGCAACAGUAGGAGCCUGGCUUAACAUAUUUCAGUUUCUCAUUGUGAUGUCUAUAUGCACCAACUGUGCUCUUUUAGCAUGGCUAUAUGAUGAGGAGGGAAAAUGGAAAAUAGAGCCUGGACUUGCUGCAAUUUUAAUCAUGGAGCAUGUCCUCUUAUUGAUUAAGUUUGGUUUCUCUCGCUUAGUUCCUGAGGAACCUGCUUGGGUAAGAGCCAACCGUGCAAAACACACUACACAGGCACAAGAUAUGUGUUCUAAGAAGCUUUUAAGGACCAUUUCUGGAGGAGACAGGGCUUUUGAAGAGGAGAAAAAGUUGGAAUGAUGCUUUUCCACCUCUUCAUUAUCACUUCACCACGAGAAAAAGAAAGCUUAAGCUAGAUUGUUCUUUUUAUUAUCUCAGUUUUCCAUGGCUGAUUUGUAUAUUAAGAAGGGAUUUUGCUUUUUUUACCAGUUUUGUCCUCCCUCUUUUGUGCUUAAGAUAACUUUUUAUAUAGCCGUAUAGUUUAGUCCUCCCUUUGAAUUGUGAAUACAAAAGGAACUAGUUACUUUCAAAUUUUGUUAGUGUUAGUGAAACGAAGAUUGUGUCUUUUGUUAGAGGCAUUUCAACUUCAUUAUAGUUGUAGUACUCAGUGACUCGGGAUU